CUGCAUGCCACAGGCAAAUGUUCCUGUCCAGCAAGCCCAGCUUCGCAGCCGCGGCUUCCCCUUCUUACCCUAUAUUCAUUCGAAGAUUCAAACCCUGCGUUUUCCGCUCCACCCUUCCCCCUCUCCACGGCCCGCCUGGGUCCUUAGUCCGACCGUCCCGGUGUUUUGUCCCCACCUCCCAUCCUCAGAACUGAAGGCCAACAUUCGCGCUCCUUCGCUGCGGGCUGGGGUUAGACGUGGCCCGCCCCAAGCAAGCACCAAGCUCUGGGCGUCCGCGAUCGGGAGCCGGGAUGGAGAGGGCGGCGCGCGGCGCGCUGUAGCGCACUGGUGGACCCGACCAGGCCAGCUCCCCAUUGGCCGACACUCAGGGGGGAGGGGCCGCCCCGGGAUCGGGGCACCUGCCUUCGCCCCUCCCGGGGAAAUCGGUGGCUGCUCGGACCCGGCGCGUGGCGAUAAAGACAGCGGCGGGAAGGCCUUGGGGCCGCGGGCGAUUUCCUCGUGGCCGCUCUGGUCCAGUUGCCGCUGCGGCUCCGGAGACGUUCGAAUGCCCUUUGCUCUGACUGCGCCAGCAGGAAACUUUGCCCUGCGAAGUCCUCCGGUCGCCUGACCGCGCAGUGACUCGCCUGGUCGGCCGCACGCCCCGCGGGGCCCAGGAACCCCGCUCGUGAUUGCUGGGCGGUCCCUCACCCUGCGACCGCAGCGCUCUGCCGCCAGGAUGCGCUACGCAGACCCUUCGGCCAACCGGGAUCUGUUGGGGAACCGAACUUUGCUCUUUAUUUUCAUCUGCGCCUUUGCGUUGGUGACCUUGCUGCAACAGAUCCUAUACGGCAGAAACUACAUUAAGAGAGGCCUCCAGUUUGGUUGGCAGAGUGAUGACCAGCUGGCCAAUUGGACGGGGCUCUUUAAUGUCACCGAUGACCCAGCAGUGCAGAGCAGCAGUGACUCCAGCUCCAGGUACUUUGAAUUUUAUGAAGGGCCUUUUGAAUAUAACUCCACAAGAUGCCUGGAGCUGAGGCAGGAGAUACUGGAGGUGAAGGUGCUGUCCAUGGUGAAGCAGUCAGAGCUGUUCGACCGGUGGAAGAGCCUCCAGAUGUGCAAGUGGGCAAUGAACAUCUCUGAAGCCAACCAGUUCAAGUCCACUCUAUCCCGGUGCUGCAACGCCCCUGCCUUCCUCUUCACCACCCAGAAGAACACACCACUGGGGACAAAGCUCAAGUAUGAGGUGGACACCAGCGGUAUCUUCCAUAUCAACCAGGAGAUCUUCCGCAUGUUCCCCAAGGACAUGCCCUACUACCGGUCUCAGUUUAAGAAGUGUGCAGUGGUGGGCAACGGAGGCAUCCUCAAGAACAGCCGCUGCGGACGGGAGAUCAAUAGUGCUGACUUCGUCUUCCGGUGCAACCUGCCCCCCAUCUCUGAAAAAUACACCGUGGAUGUGGGGGUGAAGACAGACGUGGUCACUGUGAACCCCAGCAUCAUCACAGAGAGGUUCCACAAGCUGGAGAAGUGGCGGCGGCCCUUCUACCGUGUGCUGCAGGUGUAUGAGAAUGCGUCCGUGCUGCUGCCCGCCUUCUACAACACACGCAACACCGACGUGUCCUUCCGCGUCAAGUACGUGCUGGACGACUUCGAUUCGCCGCAGGCCGUCUACUACUUCCACCCGCAGUACCUGGUCAACGUGUCGCGCUACUGGCUCAGCCUGGGGGUGCGCGCCAAGCGCAUCAGUACCGGCCUCAUCCUGGUCACCGCAGCGCUGGAGCUCUGCGAGGAGGUGCACCUGUUUGGCUUCUGGGCCUUCCCCAUGAACCCCUCGGGCCUCUACAUCACCCACCACUACUAUGACAACGUCAAGCCCCGCCCCGGCUUCCACGCCAUGCCCUCAGAGAUCUUCAACUUCCUGCACCUGCACAGCCGCGGCAUCCUCCGAGUACACACGGGUCCCUGCAGCUGCUGCUGAGGCUGGGGGACGAACCUCCUCUCCUCCUCCUCUCCCUGCCUCUGGAACUGGGAACCGCUAAGUGGGGCCUGGCUGUUGCUCCCUCAGUAGUUCAGCUCCGUGCCUGGGCCCUGGGGCAAGGUGGCAGGGAUGGGGCCAGCCCAGACUCACGUUCAGUCCUAACCCUUUUGGGCUUCCCUUUGUGCCUCCACCUGUCCACGGGGAGCAUGCUGCUGGGCCAUGACCCUGAACCAGGGAACCUGGGGAUUGCAAGUGAAAAAAGCACAUUUCCACUCGAGAUUUCAGCUUUCAGAGAGCACAAACUGUCGUGGCCUUGUAGCAGCCAAAGGCAGGCCCAGGGAGGAUGGUCUAGAGGGAGGAGACAGGACACUUGAGCACAGUUAAGAUUUUAUUCAGACCUCUGCUUCCUGAGUGUUAUACUGAGGACUGAGCCAUCAGUUUCUAUCCAAAAUCUCAGAACACAGAGAUCAACCCAGUGGCCUGACCUUCCAGUGAAGACUCAGUGGCUCAGAGCGCCCAGAGCUGGGCCACCCAGUCACACCACCCCGCUGAGCUCGUCAGGCUCCUCAGUGACAUCUAACCAAGGCCAGUGUUAGCAUCUUCCCUGAGACGCCAGCAUCUGAGAGCCACAUCUUUACAAACCUUUCCUGGGAAACACAGACACAGUCUUGGUGCCUCUGGGUUUCAUCUUGCCUUUGAGCUUAUGAAGAGAAGGAAAGAAACCAGCCCAGCCAUUUGCACUUCGGGUUCCAAGCCAGUAUUAUUGACUUAAUAAGUGCUUAGCAGUUUGCUUCCUCUUCUGUCUCUAUUUUCAGCUUCAUUUUUAACCAGAAGUUAUUUAUGAAGUGCUGUUCCUCUUUAUGUUCCUGAGUACUGCAGACUCUGCUGUAUCAUCCUUCUGAAUGGGUACCAUCUGUCGGAAAGUGCUGCCUGUCAUAUAUGGGCUCGGAGGACAGAAGCCAGUGGGGCCUCUGAUACCAGCAUCCUUGAGGCUUCUCCUGGGAAGGCGGGACCCCACAGUGCAUGCCUAGCGCCUUCGCAUUCAGGGACUUCCAGGGCCAGGCUUUGGGAAGUCAACUGUGCCUAUGCUGAGUGACCACAUGUCUGUCACAUACAAAAUUCUUUCCUUUGUUUCCCCUGCUGUGUUUCCAUCCUGAGUGUGACUGUGCCUCAUAGACACUGUUGGUGAACUGUCUUUGAAUUUAGCUUUGUGGAACUGUAGAGUGUUAGUGUUUAGAAGACUCCAGCUCUCUCUCCUUCCCCCUUCCCUCUCUUCCUUUUUUCCUUUCUUCUGGUCUCCCUUCUUCCCUUCCUUCUUUCUUUCCUGCUUCCCUUGAACAUUUCUGGGAAGACUGUUCUGCUCUGGUCCAUGGUUGGGCUAGGGAAGAUAUAGUGACAAGGACAUUAGCUCUGUUUUCUAGGGGUGGAGACAGAUCAUACACACUCUGCAGGUUUGUGUGCCAUGCCAACAGCCCCUGCUCAGAGCUGCUCAGAGAAUACUGCAGGGAGCCAGGCUUCUUCCACCUGAUCACCUAGUUUAACAGGCAAAGCCACAGGCCCAGCUGGGAAAGAGAGAGGAGAGCACUGGGUGGCCCUCCAAGCUCCUGCUCAGACUCCUUUCUCUGCCAGGCCUUCUUCUCUGGGCUCUCUUGCAAGUGGGUGGUGCUGAGCUCUGGGCUGUACUGGAUGCUGAUUUUCACCAGUGUUUUGAGGUCAGGUCUGGAGUGGGAGCCCCAUGCUGCCCUGAGCCCCAGUCUGCUGGUCAAUAAAACAGGAGCAGCCACAGAGACAGAGGCCCAAACAGCUGGGAAAUGGGAUCAACUAUACAGGACAGUGGAUGACGACUGCUUUCUUGGGCUCUGCAUAGUUCUCCCAAGGAAGGAACUUCUGGGGAAGAUUUCAGUUAACUGAGAUUUCUAGCCACUGUUCAGUUAGUUGAACCCAGUUCCUGAAACUGUGAAAUGUCAGAACUGGAAGGCUCUUAAAGACCAAUUGUCCCAUUUAAGCAAACAUGCUGGGUCAGGGAAGGGACCUUGUCAAGUCACACCCUGGACUCUACUGAGUGUGACAGACCCUCUACAGGAGGCCCUCUGGGGACCAGGUGUGGUUUGGGUGGACAGUGUUGGGGCAGGAGCCUUUGUGAGUCAGACAUUAGGAUCUCCAUAGCUGAAGGUAUUGGGAUGGAAUCUGUUCCAGCCAUGGCCCUUGCAGGAGCACUGAGAUCCAUCCCAGGUGAGAGUUGGACACCUCACUUAUGGCCAUAAUUAUGCCUGUGGGUUUAGACCAAGUUCCGUCUCUCUCUCAGGGUCUCCAUUUCCUCAUCUCUACAAUGAGAGGCUUAGAAAAGAUCUCUAGAGUCUCUACAAUCUUCAUUUUUAAAAGCAGUCAUGAUGUAUGGAUGAAAGCCAUAACUACUAUUUAUUAUCGAAAUAGCUAAGAUUGACCACACUCUCAUUCUGUGCUCAGCCCUGCACUGAGGCCUUUCCCUGUAUCAUUGUCCAUUAUCACAAGGCCCUCAGAUAAGGAGGCUCCAUGGUACAGGCGAGGAGGUGAAGCUCAGGGCAACUCAGGGACUUGUCCAUGAUCAGGCACCCAAGGGAAAGCACUGCACUCAUGUCUGUAGGACCCCAAAACCUGACCUUCAAACAUCAGUCUUAGCUCCCCAGCUGGUAUUGCCAGGGCUAGAACAAGAGAGAUCCCAAUAGAGAUGCCUCCACAGGGUAGUACUAGGUCCUGCCCUAGGAACAGAUGCUCUGGGGAGCUGUCCUGGGUGUAGAAGGCAGUAUCUGCUCUUGGUCCCUCUCCCAGCCCUGCCCCCUGCAACAGUACUGGCCACUUACAAGAGUCCUGGAGGGGAACUGAGGCCAACUUCACAUGCUUUGGGUGGGAAGAGAUGCCCAGAAAGGGUAUGUAUUAUGGCAAAAUGAGUGACUUGCCCAGGGCCACAUGGCCAGCUAGAGGCUCAACUGGGACUCAUGCAGUUGCCUGACUUUCAGGCCACAUCCUUUCUCCUCCAGCCAGUGUUUAUAGGAGAAAUCUGGGCAUUGAUUCUGGAAGCCCUCUUCCGUGCUUCUCUGCAGCCCUGCCACUGUCCCUCUGUGAGGUGCAGACUGCCAGUUACAUUCUUAGAGGAAAUCAAUUUCCCAUGAACAAAACAGCUAUCAUGUCUUCCUUUCUGCUAAACCCACUGCUCCAGGCUUGAAAGGCAGCAAAACACUACGGAUGACUCAAUGCUUAACCAAGCAGGAAAGAAGGUGACUCAAGGUCAGACAGACCUCUGGGACCAGUUCAGCAACGCUGUGGCAGCAACUCUGUCACUAAUCGCCUGAUGCUGCAGAUAACAGAGAGGAUCCUGGCCUUGGACUUUGCUGAGGAGGAGGAGGCAGUGAUUUCCACAACAAAGGGAGACCAGAGUGCCACCUUCCACCAGUCAUUCGCCCAGUAUCUACCGAGUGCUCAUUCUGUCCCAAGCAUUUUGCUAGGGGCCAGGGAACAAGUGGUGAUCAGAAGCAGAUUCCCAGUCCCCCAGGUGCAUAGUCUGGUGUGUGUGUGGAUGGUAAAUGGAGCGGCCAACAAACACACUGGAGCUCUCGGUGCAGAGUGUCGUGAAGUUUCUGACGGGACAGUUACCCGGGAGAGGAGAGGAAGGGGAGGCAGAGUCAGUUCUGAACCCUAAAAUUGGCAGAGUAAAGGUUGUCACUGCCAAGGCAGGGGUGAAUUCUCAGGUCUCAUCCUUGGCGGCUGUGCAGCAUUAGACAGCGGUGGUCUUUCUGGUCUUUUUGAAGUUCUCUCUCCUGUGUACACCAAUCUGUUCUUACCUGGCCUCUCUGAACGCUUCUCCUCAGGCUUCCUUGUGACUCUACUGUGAAGCUUCCUCAGGGUUCUCUUCUCUCUCUGGGAGUCUCCUGCAGAAACUCCAUUUACUCACUGCUCCCAGCAUCUCCUGCCCUUUCAUCUUAGCCCCCUGCCCCUGCAGGCCAGGCCCCAGGAGCAUCUGGGGUGUGACCACUGGCGCCCCAGGCACAUCUGCUCCGCAGUUCAAACCUCAACCUGCCCUCAACUGCUGCAGUUAAAAGAAAAACCUGGACUCUGGCACCUCCUCCCAUUGCUUAGCAGCUUUGUGACCUUGGGAUGCUCCCAAAGCCCCUGGAGGCUCUGAUUCAUUAUCUCAAAAAUGAGGACAGGGCUCCAACUGCAUCAGCUAUUGUGAAGGUUGAAUGAAAUAGUGUUGCAUGGCUGGGCAUGGUGGCUUAGACCUCUCAGCCCAGCACUCUGGGAGGCUGAGACAGGAGGAGUGCAAGUUCGAGCCCAAGUGGUGCAAUUUCUGAGACCCUAUCUCCAAAAUAUAAAAAAGGGCUGGAGAUGUAGCUCAGUGCAAAGGUACUGGGUUCAGCCCCCAAUACCAAAAAUAGAGAGAGAGAGAAAGAAAGAAAGAAAAAGAAAGAAAGGAAGGAAAUAGUGUUGCACACUGUCCAGCACAGUGCCAACUCUAGCUGGACACGCAGCAUAUAUUCCCUCUGCUCUGGUCAACCUCGUCCUUUUCACCCUCUAUGUUUAUUUGCUCAACAGCUUUUGUCAAGUCCAAUCAUAAAUAUCUCUUGGGUUCAUUCCCUCCUGCAUCCCUUAUGUCAUUGCACUAAUGCAGGACCUUCUGACUGACCUUUUUGCUUUCAGAGUUCCCAUCUGAAAUAUGUUUCCUGGGGCCAAUGCCUCCCUGUACUAUGACACCCAGGUUCUUUAUCAAGUCCUACAAGCUACAUCCCAAGUUGGCUCCCUUUUCUCUGAGACCCUCCUGCCCACCUCCUCCCACACCCCUCCAGGCACUGUCCUUCCAGGAUGCCAGGAAUGGCCACACACCCUUCCUCCUCCGCAUCUCCUCUUGUCUGACCACUUUCACAGAUGAUGUCAGGUUAUGACCUUUGCCAUCUCCCCUCCCUGUACCAGGCUGGACACUCUUUUCUCUGUGCUUCUGCUGUGACCAUUACUGAUACCCUCUGAGGACACAGCAUAAAUGUCAUAAGUGUCAAGGACACCCUGUGUCCUUGGUAGAGGAUCUGCUUUUCCCACAGGGAAAACCUGAUAUCUGGCUCAUCUUUGUGUCCCCCGAAUUGGCACAGGGCCACACAUUUACUCCAGUAAUGAGGUCUCUGGUUCCUAGUGGGCUCCAGUGGUUUGGGAGACUCCACUAAUAAACCAAGAAAAACUGUGGGAAAAUUGCCAGCUGAGGUUAGCUGAGUUUCGUUUCUUUUCCUUUCUUUUCUUUUUGCCUAGUACAUUCUAAGAAGGCAGAGCCUCCCCUUGUUGGUCCUUGGCAAGCUUGGGGCCCAGGGGCUGAACUGUCUGUAUAGUGGGGCCUUGCCCAGUCCUGCUCUCCUUUAUUUUAGUCCACCCCCCCUCCAUAAUCUUAUUCAUCUGGUUCUUGCUUGCUAAGCAGUCCUGUUUCUCUAACUCAAACGAAAGAAGGGACAGACAUCCUCUGCUUUUCUUCCUUUCCCUUACUUCCCAUCUUCUAAACUUUACAGAUAUGUCAGAAUCUUAUAUUACUGCAGCUGAGGUUCAAGGUGGGUUGCUGUAUACAAAGUAUUUAUCGAUAGUGUCUCAAAAAACUAGAGGAAAAUGCUUUUUUGGAGGGGUGGGAAACAGAUGAACUGGGCUUUGCAGAAUGUCUGCUGUAAAUACCCAGUGGAAGGGUAGGAGCGUGGAGUUGUUCCCUUGGGGGAAGCGGGCAGUGGUCUUACUUUGAGUUCAACACACCCUCCCCUGUCUCUGCAGCCAGAAUGCUCCUCUAGGAGGAGGCCAGUUGUGGCUCAUGGGUCAGGUGAAGGCAGGCUAAGGGUGUAGGGUCAGCAGGGUGGACCUCCUGGUCUUUGGGAGGUCUACUCAAAUGAGGCUGAGUAGUCUACAAGACAUCCUAAUUGAGGCAGUGUAUUCCUCAAAGGUAGACCUUAGGUCCUCUGCAUUACAGUCCUCUAGGUGUUUGUUAAACCAGUGGACUCAGAAUCCAGAUCGAAGUGGUGAUGCCCAGCAGUCAGCAUGUGUGACAUCCCUGCCUGGGCCUUGCAUGCACACCUGUUUGUGGGUGAGCAGCUGCAUCUGGCUUGAAAUCCAGACUGGAGUCUUGAGUGGGAAAAGAAUGAAAAUAAGAAUUUUGGCCCACAAUCCAACUGCUGUGUUUUCUACAAAUAUAAAAUAGAACCUACUGUAAACCUAGCAACAAAAAUCAAAUCUCCAGCAAUCUAUAACACUUACUAAUUCUGUUUUGCUUCACCACUAACAAAGAUUUCUGUCUUUUUAAAAAAUUAUUAAUUGUAGUAAAAUUCACAAACAUAAAAUUUACCAGUGUAAACAUUUUUAAGUGUGAAGUUUAGUAGUGUUAAGGACAUUCACAUUGAUGUGGAAUGAAUCUCUAGAAAUCUUCUCAUUUUUCAAAAUUAAAAAAUUGAACCCAUUAAAUGAUGACAAAUUUCCUCUCCCUCCUCAACCUGGCAACCACUCUUCUUUCUGUCUCUAUGGCUUUCUCUGCUGUAGGUCCUUGUGUAAGUGGAAUCAUGCAAUAUUUGUCCUUUUUUUUCUUUUGGCAGGCUUAUUUCACUUACUGUAGCACACUUUCUAAAUGUAAAGAAUUAGUAAGGUACAAGCUGCUCUCAAAUGACAACUGUUUUCUGGGCUCCUCUAGCAGAAUUCUGAUUUUUGUUUUGUUUUGAGCAGUUGUUCUGGGCCCUCAGUUUGCCAAGGCCAAGUGCAGACCUACUCGUGCUUUGCCAGAGGAUUCAGCUGUCCUGGCCAGCUUGGGUCCUCAGUGACGACAGUCUUGCCAAUUUGUUAGAAGUCUUUGAACAUUUUCUUCCUGCAUAAUUUCUACGGUGGAGCUUUUAAAAUUUUCAUUCAAAGAAAAAGGGAGAAAAAUAGACCCAAGUAAGCCUUAGCUUUUGCCCCAAAAGCCAGAAAUCAGUGACUGUCUCCUUCCAGUCUGAAGAUGGUCCCCUUGGUAAUGAAGUCACUCAAUUCCUUCAACUAAAUGAUCCGUUCAGCUUUGAUAUACAAGUUUUAUCUCCUCUAGAAUUUGUGUUCUCAACCCUGAGCUCAUUAGUUCGGGGCCCUGUUGGAGUUUCAGGGUUAAGAAGGCUGGUGUGGAACCUGUCUAGCAAGUUCCCGUGAUCUGGUGAUACACUGUGAGGACCACUGCCCUGGGUGAUCUUUCAACUACAUUGUCCCAGUUCUGCCACAUUAUCUUUCUUGGUUGGAGGCCCCUUCCCCCAAAUCUAAUUUGGGCCUUUCUUCUUCUGAACAGUUUAAACAUUUAAAUAAACAUGAUGAAAUAUUUCUACAGCAAAGUAACAGAGUUCUCCCAAGGUUAGGAAACUCAGUGUGCCCAAAAUUUGUAUCCAUCUGUGCCUAGAAUUAGGGUGCAUUUUGUGAUCAGAACCAAGAGGUGAGUGACUCGAGCUUGGAGGUCAUUUUGUGGCUAGUCCUGGGGUAGGAUCCGAGUCCCCCAUGGCACACUGUAGCAUAGGGAGGACCUACCUGCCCACCUGGCUGAAAGUAGAACAUACCCAGAAAACGUGUUCAAAGUAUACCUGCAAAGUGACAAUGAAGGAACAUACUACAGUGGCCAAGGCUGGUGUGGCCCUACUUCAUUAUCCUCUUCCUUUUCUACCUGCCUUUGGAAAAACUUGAGUUGAAACAGUUAGUACCUGGUGUCUGCUUUCAUCUCCAACCACAGGCAAAUUCUUUGCUCUGAAGAUGUCCCUGGCAGGUGCAGCUUCAACCCUGUGGCAGCUCAGAAUGCAGCAUUAAUCCACCAAGUUCGCAAGAACACCCGAAGAUCUUGAAAAACUUAUUAAAAGAGAAAAUGGUUACCAUUUUACUAAAACAAGAAGAUAGCACACUUCACUUCCCAGAUCUACUUACCAGCAAGUUCCCUCAGCCCCAAGGUAGCUGAAGACUCAGAGGAAGGAAAAUGAAUUUUGAACCCCAGAAAUAGAUACUGUAACGCUGUGUAUCAAAGGCCAAACCAUUUUUGAACAAUGAAUCCCUCUUGCCUUUCACUUUAAUUUUAAAUUCAAUUCUAGUGAACUUGGUCUUGGUUUUUUAAUAAUGAAGCAAAUGAAGAGAAUGAUAACAGGUGCUAGAUAUAGCAAGAAAUAGCAGCUAAUAGUCUAAUAGUGAAUGUAUUACAAAGACCAAAUCCAUGUAUGUCAGCAACUGUCAUGUGACUGGAGGCCACCAAAUGGAGGAGCAGGGAUAUUAGGGAGAUUGUAACACCCUCCAGAUCAACAGAGCAUUUCUGCUCCAUUCAGCCUUUGACAUCCACAGCCACACACAAAACAGUAUACUGUCUUUAUGAAGGCAAGCAGGGAUCUUAUCCACUGUAGAAUUAUUUCCAUCCCCAAACACUUAUAGCAUGGUCAUCAAAGUCUUGGUGCUUAAAAGAUCAGUCUUCAGUGACCUCAGAGUUCCUGUAGGUGAAAUAGCUCAUUAUCUGGUGAUGCAGGACAUCUGAGAUCAGUAAAUGGCCUCUCUUCUACUUGCCUUUCCCUUCAGACAGUGGCAAUUACUGCUACCUCUCUCUCAAGAAAUAAGAAACAGGCCCCUUCUACCUUCACACCUCAAAGGGACCUUGUGUUGUGUUGAUGGCUUGGCCAGGACAUCCUCUUUCUGUACCUCUGCUCUACUUGAGCUAUUUGCACAUGGGAGGAAGCUUGCUAGAGCCAGGGCAGCCUCUGCAGCAGCUCAGGCCUGGGUUCAUGUAUGAACUUAAAAAUAUGACUGUUUGCUCACAAGUGAACACUUCCACUUUCUAAACACCUUCACCAUCCAUUUUUCACUGGGCUUUGUUGCAUCCUGGGAGGAGGAUAGGGCAGACAGUAGCAGUCCUAUUUGACUCCAGUCCAAGAAGAUGGUGGUGCCAUGCCCAGGUCACCUGUGAUUAAUGGUGGAGGUCUCCCCUUGGGUGCACAAGCUUUCCCAAAGUGGGAGAGGCUAGAGGGCAGGGAGAGGUGGCCAGUGUCCUACUCUAGCCCCUGUUCUGGCUUUCUUCUCAUUGGGGUGAUCUAGCUGAUCCGGAGUAUGGUCCAGGUCUAGGCCUUACCCUUGGACUCGCACCCUGUGCGUUGUCUCUGGAGGGGCUUGUUGAGUAUUCAUUCCUGCCUGGAGGCCAAGGCUAGGGCACCCAGCAGUGCCGGCUGAAAGUUCCUGGUGGGGCAAAGGGAGGCAGUUGUAUUUGACAGUCACCAGGGCCACAGACUUAAAUAAAAUGGAAGUGUGGAGGGAGUGGGCAUUGGGUCCCGUGACAUCAGUCCACCCCACUGCUGUGACCACUUGUGAGGAAGCUGGUGGGUCCUGAGUGACAGCUCCUGCUAGACCCUGGGAGCCAGUCCUAUUAUAUAUUUUUCUGGGGUGAUGCUUGGCCCUCAUUGUGGCUGACUUCUGAGCAAGUUCCUAGGGUGGAAGUCACUUUGUGAGGCAACCAGUCUUUUCUGAGGGCCCUACUCUCUGCACACAAGAGUUAGGGAGGUGGCAGGGGUUAGAUGGCUUGCAGAUUCCCUUUCUGGAUAGGACUGACUUCCCUGCAGAGAGCCAUAACAAUGUCAUAUUGUCAGAACUAUGAAAUAAGUGUACAUGUGAAUGUAUUUUUUAAAUGAUCAUUUCAUCUAAAGAGGACCUUGGGUUGCUCAGUGGUUCAUCUGAAAUUGAUUCCCUGCCAUCUCUUCUCCAAACAAAACCAGGACAGAUCCUGGGGGCAGCAGAGAAGCUAAGGAAGCUGCUUGCCCAUUGUCUGCAGCUCUGUACCUGGUGAGGCUUCAGCCCAGAGGUCCUGCCUGGGUGGCAGACAGAGGAGCUUGUCCCAAGGGCUUGGUGGUAGUGACUCAUCUCUGAAUGGCUUCUAUCCAUUGCUUGACCCAUUCCUCCCUGCUUUCCUUUCCAAGAGCCAAGUCAUGCUAUGCGGUACUCCAUGGAGCCUUUUUCACUGGAGAAAGAAAGGGAGGUCCACUGCAUUUGCUGGGAUGUAGAGCAACAUCUUGUUUUGUUGAUUUGCCUUCCCCUUGGCCCUGGUGAGAAACAAGUUGUGUCAGUUGGAAAGACUUGAGGAGAAGAGGUCACACCACUACCCUAGUUUUAUGCAAAUAUUAUUGUGGGAGCAUUUGGUUCAUAAAACUCCAGCAAUAUAAUUCUAGCUGCGUGUGACUGUCCUUGAGUAGUGAUUUUGCAGUGAUGGCUGGCACUCUGGGCCCAAAAAUAUUAUCAGGGUACUUUGUGUCUGUCACUGUGUUUGAAAGACCCUUAAUUUCUACCCAAUAAAACCAAUCAAGUGGUUCAUCAGGCAAAGAGUCUGGCUGUGUGUGUGUGUGUGUGUGUGUGUGUGUGUGUGUAAGUAUCUCUCCAUGUAUGUGUGUAUGUGUGGAUUGGGUUGUACUGGGCUAAUGGCAGCACAGCCCAGUGAGGGGAGGUUGUCAGGAGUUCUCAGGAGCUCAAGACCAUCCGGGCACAUCUUUGGGAAGUGUUGGGGAAGACCUAUGGUGUCUGGCAGAAGUGGCAAUCUAAGCAGGGGAGGCAGUGGACUCACAGGAUGGGCUCAAAGGUGAGAUCAAUGCAAAGUAAAGUGGAGUGCUGAACUGACAGUCAAGAGUACAUGAGGACAUGGAGAGAGGACCUUGGGACUUCAUUAGCAGGGAAGAAGGUCCCUAGGGGCUGGAGCUACCUGGAGCAGGAGAAGUUUGAGAUACACUCAUGCUUAGACACAGAUCCUACAGCUCUUCAAACCUGCUCUCUCUAAGUAAAACCUCUCUAUCAAGAUCCAAAGUCACAUCAAAGGCACUUGAAUAGUAAUAACACCUCAUGAAGAAACAGGGCUGGGGUUAUACCUCAGCGGCAGAGUGCUUGACUAGGAUGAGUGAGGCCCCAUGUUUGAUCCCCAGAACUUAAGAAAAACCCACCACCAAUAACAAAUUUUUAUGUCAGUCUGUGUGAGUGCACAUAUAAUAGAACCAAAUCAUUUUUUUUUCAAAUUCAUGGGCAAACAGAUAAGAUGGCUUGCAUACCUCAGAUGUGCUUCUUUAGAAAGUUGCAAGCCUUUUCCAUAAAAUUUCUCAAGGACUGGUGUUUUUGUGCCCUCUUUGCCUUCAGACUUGUUUAGGGGCUGUUUAUUCCUUCUGGCUGUUGACCAUUCAGACAUCAGAUUCAGCCCUCUCCUUAGUGUCAGUUGUCACAGGUUCCAGAGUGAAAGGGAAUAGGGGAGGGCAGCUUCCCGUGGUCUGGGCAGCCUCCCGACAUAGGCAUUCCUCGGGGCCUGGCCCAGUUCCACUGCUCUGACCCCUGUCUUCCCUCUCAUCCUUCUUUGCCUCCCUGUCCUCAUCUCCCCACCUCCCUCCCGACAGUGAUCACAUUCCUUCUAUUUCCUCUCUGCAGCAGUUUAAGCAGUCUCUGAGUGCCAGGUCUGCCGAGCCCAACUUGCAGUUCAUCCUCCAUCUACCACCUUCCGAAGAUGUUUUCUCAAAGAAAACCCAUUUCCUCUGUAAGAAAAAUUAUAGUGACAGCUGUGAGAUGUCUAAAUGUUUUAUUACUGUAUUACAAAUGUAAAUGUAAAACACUCAUGCAAGCAACUAUGGAACCUAAGGAACCUAUGGAACUAUUUGAGGGUACUCCCUGCAACCUGGGCAGUGUCUUUCAGUAUAUUAUAGUAAGAAAAAGAGCCAUUGAUCUUCCAUCAGAAGAAGGACUUCCAUAAAUAUUUUUGAAUGAAUAAAUGUGUAAGUGAGCUGGGA